CAGUGUCUCAUAGAAGAUGUAUUUCUUCAGAAGCAUGCAAAGUAUACAAACAUUUGUAACAAUUCAAGUUUAUAGACAUUUCUUUACUAGUAGCAUAAAAAGUAACAUUUCUAAGCAAAGUAGGAUUAUGAACAAGAUAUUACGUAGGAAUGAUCAGGGCAAAAUCCAAAUGGAUGGUUACACUUUGAGCGAGAUACCAAAGAAAACAAUAUCCAAACAUACGCAUCGAAGAAUGACUGUGCUAAAUAAAGUUUUCAUGAAGCACAUUACAGACUUUAUGUGCACAGGGGAGAUUGAUCUUGGCCUUAUGAAUAAAAGCGUCGAAAUUCACGAUGUAAAAGUAACUCAAGAUUUUAAACUUGUUAACAUAUAUUGGUCAGACAAUAGUCUUGAUACAUCUGACACUGAAGAAAUAUUAAAAAGAUGUGCAUUCCAAUUGAGAUAUGAGUUAACACAGCUUCAUGUCAUAGGCAGAGUACCUCCCAUUCAGUUUGUUCGGUACAAGCACAUACAUGCACAGAACGAAGUAGACAGAAGAUUAGCAAUUGCAGAUUAUGGGGAAGAUUAUAUACCCAGUGUGUAUCCACUCGCUACAAAUUGUGUUGUAACAUUCUCAAAUUCUGUCAAUACUGAUGAAAAAAGUUUAGAAUCUAAGAACACAGAUAAUUCUAAUAGUAACUUCAGUGUAACUUUACCGAUAAUGAGGCACGAUGUAUUUGGAUUAAAUCAUGCUAGGAUAAUGUCGAAGAUUAAGGCUUCGUUAAAUCAGGCGAAACAAGUACACUGGAAGGAAAAUAACAAUCAGUUAAAUCCGACUCCUACUUCUGAGUCCAGCUCACAGAGCAUGCCAAGUUUCUUGACCACAGAAGAACAACAAGAACAGUUUAACAAUUACUUGCGCGAAAAACAGAGACAACGGAGACUGAAACGUAAUAACAGUCGUACUAAUAGUAAUAUUAUAUUUGAUGUAACCGAAGACACAGAAGACGAUGUAGAUGAUGAUAUUGAUAUUGAUGAUACAUAUAUUGAUACUGAUGAUACUGAUAUUGAAAGUGAUGAAUAUGUAGAUAAAUAUUAA